AUGAACUUGACGGAAUUACAGCAGCAUCGUGCAAAUACAAAGCGAAAUAUCAGCCGCAUUAAAAGUGUAAUCGAUGCAAAUGGUCGUAGCGAUGGUCGAACAUUAUCUUCUGCGGAACUAAAGUGUCGAUUUGGAAUAGCCGAAUCAUAUUUUAAGCAGAUUCUGUCAUAUCAAACACAAAUUGAAGCGCUGGACCCUGAUGACAAUUCUCGUGGCGAUCUGGAAGAAUUGUAUAUAGGAAUCAAGCUUGAAAUUGAAUCACAAUUGGGUGAAGAAGUAAACACUUCAACUUUACAGUCAACACUGUCAGUUUCACAGCCGCAUCCGCACAAAUUGCCAGCUCUUAAACUGCCCUCAUUCAGUGGCAAAUAUUCAGAAUACAACAACUUCAUUACAUCCUUCAAGCAAAUAAUAGAUCGGGAAAUGGUUUUAUCUAACGUAGAAAAAUUUAAUCAUUUGUUGAACUAUUUGCAGGGCCCAGCACUCGACACCGUCAAGGCGUUUCAAGUUAGCAACGAGAAUUAUCCUAAGGCGCUCGAACGACUGAAGUCGCGCUAUGACAACCCCACUUUGAUAUUCAUGGAAAACAUCACGUCACUCUUUGAGCUUCCGGCAGCAGCUAAACAAAGUAGCCAGUUAAGACAUCUUGUAGACACAGCAUCGGCGCUGUACAGCGCACUUUCUUCAUUGGGUUCAGACCGCGACAUAGCCAACGCAAUGCUGAUACAUCUUGUGAUUGGAAAGGCAGAUGAAGACACUCAACGAAAAUGGAAGGAGUCGCUCGAUUUUACGAGCUUGCCGACAUGGAAAGAUUGUGCCAAACUACUCGAAAGGCGCUGCCAAUAUUUUGAGUCCAUAGAUUCCAGCGGCAAACAAGAUACAGCACACUCUUCGUCACAGAAGUUUGAGCAAUCCAAAUCAUCGCGAAAGGCAAAUCAACAGCGUCGCCACGCCUUUUCUAUCACAAGUUCCCAGCGUAAUUGUGUUCUAUGUUCCAGCAACGAACACGUCAUCAAAGAUUGCCCUCGUGAUAAAUCGCUAGAUGUUGGCUCGCGCUUCGAAAAUGUAAAGAAACUUGGAUUGUGCAACAACUGCCUUGCUCCAGGGCAUUUCGUUUCAAAAUGCCCGUCGACUUUCAAAUGCAAAUCAUGUUCAGCUCGCCAUCAUUCGUCGCUAUGUAGAAAAUCUGAAGUGAGUUCAACGACAUCGCGCGACGCUAGUGCGAUUGUACACACUCAUUUGGGUAAUUCGUCCUUCGAGCAAGUAAUUCUUGCAACCGCAAUCGUAUUAGUGCGAGAUGCUGCAGGCAAUUACCAACUUGUUUUUCGCAACGUCUACGCCUGCAAAGGAAGAAGCAACGCGUGGAUUUUAAGCAUCGGCAAUUCACCAACAACCAUAAGGCAUAAGGCUAUAGCUACCAUCAAAUCACGUCAUUCAGAUUUUGAGUUGCCACUUGAGUUUUGCGUAACGCCACACAUUUCACAUCAACCAGUGCCUGACGUAGACGUUUCAUCCUGGAACUUGCAAGCGAAUAUAAAUCUGGCCGACGAACAUUUUCACAAAUCGCAGGGAGUUGAUUUGCUAUUAGGAACUGAUUGCUUCUUCAACGUCCUAUCCAUCGGGCAAAUUAAGUUAAAGGAAUCACUGCCAAUCUUGCAGAAGACUUUGCUGGGGUGGAUCGUUGCUGGCAAAUACAAUUCACCAACAGUUAUCGCAGCAUCCAUUUCACCCUCACUCACGUCGUCGCUAGCUACUUCAUGCAGCGUAUCGGAUACUUCGCUUACCAAUGGUCCAGCAUCUAUCAACGUAGCAUCGUGUUUGUUAUCUUGUGAGGAAAUAAUACAGCAGCAAUUGGAGCGAUUGUGGCAAAUCGACAAUACGACUAUCAAUGCAUCGACACUCACCGAUGAACAGGCUGCUUGUGAAGCAUUUUUUGUGAAGACCGUGGAUCGUGAUGCUACGGGUCGAGUCAUAGUGCAAUUGCCCUUUAAGAACGAUGUCGCUGUUCUGGGUACAUCGUAUGGUACUGCGCUUAGACGAUUCAUUUCGCUCGAACGUCGCCUUCAAUCGCAACCGGAAGUUAAGUCACAAUAUGUAGAUUUUAUGCAAGAAUAUGAGGCAUUGGGCCACAUGACGAAACUUGAAAACGUUGACUUGUCAAGCCCACAUUUCUACAUCCCUCACCACUGCGUACUUCGGCCCACCAGUACCACAACAAAGCUACGUGUUGUCUUCGACGCGUCGUGUCGCACAUCUACCCAAAAAUCGCUAAACGCAAUACUUCAAGUGGGAGCUACCAUCCAAAAUGAUCUUUUCAUUUUGCUACUUCGCUUUCGUCUACAUCGCUAUGCACUGACUGCUGAUGUAGUAAAAAUGUACAGGCAAGUGCUAGUGCAGCCAGCUCAUCGCCGCUUCCAGUUAAUUUUGUGGAGGUCUUCACCGAUGGAGGAACUGCGCUCUUUCCAACUAAACACCGUUACCUAUGGCACGUCUGCUGCACCAUUUUUGGCAGUGCGUACGCUCAAGUACUUAGCCGACCAGUACGGAACUCAGUACCCUCUUGGUGCACAAAUUAUCAACUCUUCUUUCUACGUCGAUGAUUUGCUCAGUGGUGCGGACUCAUUUCGUGAACUCUCGCAAAUCAAAAGGGAGGUAACCGAAAUUCUUAGCAAGGGUGGCUUUGACUUAGCGAAGUGGCACUCGAAUUACCAAAGCCUUACGAACAAUGAGGAGGAAAAGUACAUGAGUUUCGACAAUUCAAACACAACUAGCACACUAGGACUAACAUGGAACCAAGCACAAGACAUGUUCCAGUUUUCGUUUAAGCCCAAGAAGACGUUUAAUGCACCCCACUUCGGCGGCCUAUGGGAGGCUGCGGUGAAGGCAGCCAAAGGUCACUUAGAACGAACACUUUCUGGUGCUCGCUUAACGUUUGAGGAGCUGCCAACGGCAUUAAUUGAAAUCGAGGCCAUUUUGAAUUCUCGGCCCAUUGCCCCACUAUCCACAGAUCCAAGUGACUGCGAAGCGUUGACUCCGGGGCACCUGCUGAUUGGGUGUUCGCUAAAGGCACUACCAGAGCACUCAGAAUCGUACAAGCAGAUCGAUCACCAAAACCAUUGGCAUCGAAUCACAGCCGUGAAGCAACACUUUUGGCAGCGCUGGUCACAUGACUAUUUAAAUGAAUUGCAGUGUCGCACCAAGUGGACCAAGGGCAAGACAAAUAUCGCAAGUGGAUCGCUCGUUAUAAUACACGAAGACCACGUUCCGCCACAAAAAUGGGUUAUGGGCAGGAUUUCGAAUUGCAUUCCAGGAAUGGAUGGGCUAAUUCGCGUCGUUGACAUAAAAACAACAAAAGGAACUAUUCGACGCCCUAUUCACAAAAUCGCACUGUUGCCUGCUUGA